AUGCUGGAGGCGGCUGAAACUCAAAUCCAAGAAAGAACACGUGACGAUUUGCAACGUCAUGAAGCAAGAAAAACUAGUCAGGAGGUGGAAAGAAGCAAAAAUCACGAAAAAGGAAGACAGUCAGGAGUACAGUAAUUUUCGAACGCCCCCCAAAAUUGUUUAUUUCAUGAUACUCGGGACCUUAAGUAUAGACGAUGAAAUGGGACGACGACGCCGAACGGAAGUGAAAUUUUCCCACGCGAACCUUCUGGGCAUGCGUAAGGUUGUCAAAACGUCGUCCAGCCUUCGUCGACGACGAAAUUCAGGGAGGUUUGCCGUCGUCGCUAAAACGUAACUAUAAAACUAUACUUUUUGCGUGUAAAUCACUCUUUUUCCCACUUGUCAUUCAGUGCAAGUAGAAAUAUAUUCUUUGUAAAGUAGCAGAAUCCAAAUGAUAAGCACUUUGUCGGUUCCUUCGCCUGCUAACUUGAAUUUAUUUUUCAGGUCUGGUUUGUUCGAAAACAUGAGUGAUGACGGAACAACCAGUCGGAAAGACAAGUAAGUUUUCCUCUGCUAUCUUCCGAACCUUUUAGAUUAGAUACUGUUCGUUCCCUUACGGUGUAUAUUUACUCGUGCAUUCUACGUUGUACUAUAGGAUAAAUUUUCAUUUUUUCGUACUAAAUUAAAACUUAAUAAUUUCCCAUGUUGUUUUUAGCCGCUAGUAAAGGCAACUAUUUUCCUUUGGACUGUGGAACAUGAUGUGGCUAUGAGGAACCCUGAGAGAGGAAAAAUAUGGAAGAACAUUGCAGCAAAACUUAAUUCUCUUCAGCAGCCGAAAUUUAGCGUAACUGCAAGUCAAGAGCUGUUCACAAAACAAAAACUGUGUGACGAAGAGAAAGCCUCCAUAAUCGAAUAA